UUGGGCAGUUUCUCACAAUGGAGAGUGAAGAGGAUGCAGUGAAGAAGGCACGGAUGGUGGAAGCUCGGGCUAGGAACAUUAGCCAUAACGUCCGUUGCACCGAGUGUGGGAGCCAGUCCAUUGAAGACUCACAUGCAGAUAUUGCUAUCCUACUCAGGAAGUUGAUCCGUGAAGAAGUUCGAGCUGGCAAAACUGAUAAAGAUAUCUAUAAAAAGCUUGAAGAGGAUUUUGGGGAGACUGUUCUCUAUGCACCACAUUUUGAUCUUCAGACUGCAGCUUUGUGGCUUUCACCGUUUUUGGUUGCAGGUGCAGCUGCAGGAGUAUGGGCUUAUCAAAAGCACAGACAAAGGACUAAUGUUAACAUCAAGGCAUUGAACCUUGUUAGAGGUGUUCCAUUGACCCCCAAAGAUGUAGAGCUUCUGACACCUCCUUCAUCACAUGGAAAGAAAUGGUGGAGGCAAUGA